AGUGUCAAAAGCGUGGCUGUAAGGUGUCAGUACUAUUGCUUUGUUGUGCAGCGUAACAAAAAAACACUUAAGUCAAAAACGCGUGUGAUGAAAACAUUAGUUCUUUUAGGUUAUUUUUGGUAAAUUACAACUUUUAUUGUUAGAAAUGUCGUUUCGCGGGAGAGGAGGCGGUGGCGGGCGAGGUGGUUUUGGUGGGCGCGGAGGAGGACGUGGCGGGAGAGGUCGUGGCGGUGGCGGUGGAGGCGGCUUCAGACAACAGGACUUCGGGCCGCCGGAGACGGUCAUUCCCCUGGGCCACUAUGGCUGGACUGUUCAAGAUGAUUUAGUAUGUAAAGUGGAUAUAGAGGACGUUCCGUAUUUCAAUGCCCCUAUUUACCUAGAAAACAAGGAACAGAUAGGAAAAAUAGACGAGAUAUUUGGAAACUUAAGGGAUUAUUACGUUUCCGUGAAACUCGGGGAGAAUAUAAAGGCGAAGAGUUUUAAAGAUGGGCAGCAGUUUUACAUUGAUCCCGCAAAGUUGUUGCCGCUAAAGAGGUUCCUUCCGCAGCCCCCGGGUGCUAAGAGAGGCGUGGGACGGGGUGGUCCCCGCGGUGGUCGUGGAGGAGGCUUUAAUAGGGGAGGCGGAGGUUUCAACCGCGGCGGUGGCGGCGGUCGGGGCGGCGGCGGGUUUGGCCGUGGCGGCGGUGGCGGUGGCUUUGGCCGUGGCGGCGGUGGCGGAGGAUUCGGCCGCGGAGGCGGUGGCGGAGGAUUCGGCCGCGGAGGCGGAGGUGGGCGCGGGGGUGGUGGCUUCAGAGGUGGGCGCGGCAGAUACUGAGUGAUAGUGAUAAGUGUUAAAUAUAUUAAGACUUUCAAUGGUAAAAUAUUCAAUCAAGUUUGUGUCAGGACAAUUCCAAUGUACAGUAGACCCGCAGUAAUCUAAAACACUUUGCCUUAUAACCAGGGGCCAGAUAACUGUGAGUCAACUGUAUUUACAAAUACAAGUGUAUUACAUAAAUAAUUUUUUUUUGAAACAAUGUCAUUCAUCUCAUAAAAUGUGUUUUUC